AUGUCGCGAGCGGUUGUUCCCCAGCUGCUUUGGCUUCAGUCCAAUGUACCCGUCCUAUUGACCGCCCUAGCCCUCACCAUCAUCCCACUCAAACUCCGCGACCGCCCGCGUCUCGCCAAGAUCAGCGCCGCCUUCGUCCUCGCCAACCUCUUACUGCAAGUCCUCAAGGUCCGCGCGAAAGCCAAGCGCCCAAAGGCCGUUGAAGACCUGCGGCGUGUCGGGAGGAGCGUCGACGGCGAUCAUGACUUCGACGAAUAUGACGUGGUCAUCGUGGGCGGAGGAACGGCGGGAUGUGUGCUCGCCUCGCGCCUGACCGAAGAUCCCUCUAUUCGCGUCCUCGUACUCGAAGCCGGCGAAAGCGCGCUCUCGCUUGCGCUCGCACGCGUCCCGAGCGGAUACAGUAUCUUGUUUGGCACGGACCGCGUCUUCAACCUGUACACCACGCCCCAGGCGAACGCAGGCGAAAAGGCGCACUAUUGGCCUCGAGGAAAAAUGCUCGGCGGCUGCUCUACUAUCAAUGCACAGAUUUUCCAUUAUGGCUCGCCGUCCGAUUAUGACGAAUGGGCCAGAAUGGCUGGCUCGGAAGGAGCAGAGGAGUGGGCCUACAGCGAAUACUUCUUGAAAUUCGAGAAGUACAUCCCUAGCAAACUCUUCCCUGGCGUGGACACGACUCAACGGGGAGCAAAGGGAUUGAUUGAAGUCGGCUUUUUCGGCAAUUUCUCCCCAAUCACGCGCAGGUUCUUGGAUGCAUGCGAGAACAUCGGUCUUCCGCGCGAGUAUGAUUUGAACACACCCAAGGGAACGCUGGGUGUGGCCAAAGUGAUGACGUACAUCGACGCAAAGGGACGACGCGUGACGACAGAGUCUGCGUAUCUCACUCCUGACGUACUCGCCCGGCCGAACUUGACGGUCGCGGUCAACGCGAGCGUCACGAAGCUCCUCUUUGACACGACGGAUGGCCAGACGCGUGUCGUGGGCGUGGAGUUUGCGAAAAGCGAGAAGGGGCCGCGCUUCCGGGUGAAGGCUAGGAAAGAGGUCGUGCUCUCUGCGGGUGCGGUCCACACUCCUCACAUCUUGAUGUUGUCCGGUGUCGGCCCCGCCGACCACCUCCGUUCUCACGACAUCACUGUGGUCGCUGACUUGCCUGGGGUCGGCGCGCAUCUCAUGGACCAUCCUGUGGUCGAUGUUGUUAUGAGAGAGACGGCCGGAGAAUCCUUGAACUAUUUGAUGCGCAAUGGCGUAGGGGGGUCGAAGAUGAAGACGUUUUCUGCUCUGGCGCAGUACAUGACCACAGGCAAAGGUCCUUUGACGACCAACAUCGCUGAGGCCGCGGCAUUCUUUCGCUCCUCCGAUCCCAAACUAUUUCCGACAGAGAAGUACCCCACGCAUCCCGAAGACUCAACCUCGGGGCCCGAGUGCCCCGAUCUCGAGUUCUUCGUGACACCUAUGGGCUACAAGGGGCACGGACGGACCAUCCUGCCUGUCGGAAACACGAUGGGGCUACACAUGGUCUUGCUGCGCCCUACGAGUUUGGGGUCCAUAACGCUAAAGUCAUCAGACCCGUUCGAGGCACCUGUGAUAGAUCCCAAGUAUCUCUCGACAGAACACGACGUUGACGUGCUGGUCCGUGGCAUGCGCGUUCUGACGCGCGUCGCGGGUUCGCAGCCGCUAGCUGGGAUCCUCGACCACGGCAACGCGGAUCCGCACUUUGGACAUCGGCUAGCAGACGCGAGCGACGAGGAGCUCGUCGAGUAUAUCCGCACGAGCACCGAGACGCUGUACCACCCCACUUGUACGGCGCGAAUGGGCCCGCUGUCCCAAGGCGGUGUCGUCGACCCCCGUCUGCGUGUGCACGGGAUACCCAACUUGAGGGUCGUGGAUGCGUCUGUCUUCCCGACGAUCAUCGCGGGUCACACGGCAGCGCCUACGAUCGCAGUCGCCGAGAAGGCGGCGGACAUGAUCAAAGAGGCGCUCAAAGCUCAAAGGACGAAUUUAUAA